AACGCUUUCUCCUCGUCUGUGCUCUUCAGGCAGUGAUCAUGUCCGCUAACAGGAGAAUAACGCUCAUAUUUGGAGGCUUCGUAGCUGCGGUAGCAGCAGCUUUUUAUCCUAUAUUUUUCCAUCCUUAUAGUCACAAAGAUGAAUACAAGGAGCUCCAGAAAGUUAAUCGAGCUGGAAUCCAUCAGGCAGAUGUGCAGCCUGUUGGAUUGAAGAUCUGGUCAGAUCCAUUCAAACCAAAGUCGUGAUAUGACUGAAGUGGUGAAAGCAGACAGGGGAGGAGGUACAUGAGCAUGAAGACAUUAUCGUAGAUGACUGGGACAUCAUACCCCCCUCUCCCGAGUGAGUCAGUCAUCAAGCAUGUGAGCAAGUGAAGGAAACUUCUUCCAGUGGAAGGCACCUGCACUUCACUGUUUAGUAUUCUUCUGAAUGUAACUGACCUGAUUCAGCUCGUGCUGGGCUUGAUAAAUUUUGUUGCAGCAAAAAUGUUAAAUUCAGGGAUCUUGAGAUUGAGAGCCUUUUAUUGUAAACGCUGCCACUUCUUCAAUACAUUGUCUUAUACGUAAAGAUCAAUAAAAAAUCUUCCUCAAAUGUACAUUAAAAAGCAGUCUACAUGCUUUCAAAAAAGAAAAGAAAAUUAAAAAAUAUACACUACCAUUCAAAAGUUUGGAGAUGCUGUUCACUGUUUUAGAGAUAUAAGAUCAAUUUGGUCCAAAUGUGUAUAAUUAUGCUAUUAUUCUGUUAUGCUAUGUAGUUGUGUAUAACUUUAGAAAUGUUAAUGUGUCUAUAAAAGAUGAGUCAGAAGGUUUUAUAGCGUCAAGAAUUAUUUUUUAAUAGAAUUAAUAUCCAGAAUUCAUCAUAUUUCAAAAGUGGUGAUCAUAUCUCAAGGCAGAUAACUUGACAAAAUCUAAUUUAAACAGACAAUUUAGUACAUCAAGCAUUUAAAAAGGCUUCUUCCCAGGAAUCCUGGAAUAUUGAUAAGACAUCGAAUACCUUUUGAUGAACAGUUUGUAAUAUUUAAGGCGUCAUUGUGUAAGUUGUUAUUGUAUAUAAAUAAAAGAAAAUUGUUAAUGUGGCUAGUGAAUUUAAAUUCUGAAUGAUGGUGUACACUAUUUAAUUCUACCUUUCAAGUAGUGGAGUGAUAUGUUCUCAAUUUAGUGAAUAAAACUUAUCUGGAUCAUGCGAA